AUGAACAUCGUCCUUGCCGACAGCGAGGAGUUCCGCCGCGUCAAGAAGGGCAAGGAGAAGGCCCGUGAGGAGAAGCGCAUCCUUGGUCUUAUCAUCCUCCGUGGUGAGGUCAUCGUCUCCAUGUCGGCCGAGGCGCCGCCCCCCGCCGCGCGUGGUCGCCAGGUGGCCGUUGCCACCUCUGGCCUCGGCAAGGCCGCCGGCCGCGGGCUCCCCAUGUCCGAGGCCGCCCUGGCCGGCCUGGCUGGCCCGGUCCACGGUGUCGGCGGUCCGGCCCAUGGCCUCAUGCAGCCUGGUGCUCGCCCGCAUGGCAUGCCCCCGG